GGGGCGCGGGCGGCGGGCGACGAGGAUGGGAGCCGGGCGCCCGGGCAGCCCGCAGCCUCCGGAGCCCCGCUGAAGGCGGCCGCGGCGACCCGCGCAGGAGCCGACAUGUGUCUGCGCCUCGGUGGCCUGAGUGAGUGUGACUUCCGGAAGGUGCUGAUGAAGACAGGUCUGGUGCUGGUGGUGCUGGGCCACGUGAGCUUCAUCACAGCCGCCCUGCUCCAUGGCACCGUGCUGCGCUAUGUGACUGCCCCGCACGACGCUGUGGCUCUGCAGUACUGUGCCGUUAACAUCCUCUCUGUCACUUCCGCUAUCGUGGUCAUCACCUCUGGCAUUGCAGCCAUCGUGUUGUCACGCUACCUCCCCAGCACCCCUCUGCGCUGGACAGUGUUUAGCUCGAGUGUGGCCUGUGCUCUCCUCUCUCUGACCUGUGCCAUCGGCCUCUUGGCUUCGAUCGCUGUGACCUUUGCCACCCAGGGCCGGGCACUGCUGGCCGACUGCACUUUUGGGAGCCCUGAACUACUGGCCCUCACACCUGACUGUCCCUUCGACCCCACGCGCAUUUACAGCUCCAGCCUGUGCCUCUGGGCCAUCGCACUAGUGCUCUGCAUGGUGGAGAGCGUGUUUGCUGUGCGCUGCGCCCAGCUCGCCCACCAGCUGCUGGAACUGAGGCCCUGGUGGGGGAAGAGCAGCCACCAUGCAAUUCCGGAGAGCCCAGAGCCUGUGGAGGACCGGGACCUGCUGAGCUGCACCAGCUCUGAGCUGCUGACCAUCUGAGAGCUGAUGUCUCACCCACGGCCACUGGACACUGCAACCAAGUCUGCCCCAUGACCAGGCCAAGAUUCCUGGAGCUGGUCCAAGAGGGCCCAGUGGACCCUUGGGGACCCAGUGGGGCUUUCAACACCCUCCCCGGCCAUCCAGCCCACUGCACUGAAACGAGACUUUAUUCUGAAGUUAUUAAAAAGAACAGAGUUGCUCCA